UCCAACUUAGGGCAUUAAAGAUUGACCAGGGCAUGAUUGGUCAUUAGAAAACACUAAUCAAACACCCAAUUUAAGAUCAGGCACACCUCCUUCAGAGAGAGAGAGAGAGAGAAGGAAAGUGUUUUUUGUGUCUGUAUUUGUGUUCAAAUGGGUAGAAGUCCUUGUUGCACUAAAGAGGGACUGAACAAAGGGACUUGGACUGCACUUGAAGACCAACUUCUCACUGAUUACAUCAAAACCCAUGGUGAAGGAAAAUGGGGAAACAUUCCCAAGGAAACAGGUCUAAAAAGAUGUGGAAAAAGUUGUAGGCUAAGGUGGCUUAAUUACCUGAGACCUGAUAUCAAAAGGGGUAAUAUAUCAGUUGAUGAAGAGGACCUCAUCAUCAGGCUUCAUAACCUAUUAGGCAACAGAUGGUCCCUAAUAGCUGGGAGACUUCCAGGACGAACAGACAAUGAAAUCAAGAAUUAUUGGAACUCAAAUUUAGGAAAGAAGUUGAAAGGAGAACAGUCAAAGCAUUCUAUAGAAGAGAAGCAGAAAACCAAGACCAAACUAACUAAUAAAUCUCCGACAUUGAAGUCCAGUUCAGCUAUUGGGACAAAGGCAACAAGUUGCAGAGAGGUUUUAGUUGCUCCACCAACGCCUAAAGUCGAAAAUCCAGAGACUGAUUUGGCACCAGCAACCUCUGUAGACGAAGACUCAUCAAAUCUCGUGGCAAUCACUUCUGAGGAAAAUAACGCACAUAACUUUGAUAUCGACUUCAACGUGGAGAAUGCUUUUCUGUCUGACAUAUGGGAUUCGGAUUUUUGGAAGCAAUGUCAGUUUGAGUUUGAAAAUGGCAUUAUGGAAGGUGGUGGCUCGGUUGGUGCCAAGAACUUUUCCUUUUAUGAGGAAAUCCUCAAGGAUUGAAUGAGAUAUGAUUGUCAUAUGCUUCAUUUCUUGAAGAUCAAGAGCGUCAGAUUGGAGAUAAUCUAACAUAGAAAAAGCCAAAUAACCAAGCUGACUAAAUUCCCAAGUCCGGUUUGGUUUUUUAGUUUUUUUUUUUGUCAGUGUUCGCUUCAUGUUGAAAUUUCUUGUGUAAAAAAUAAAACUAGGCAUCUUGGGAUUAUUGAUCCCCCCCCCCCCCCCCCCCCUCUCUCUUUUUUUUCCUUCCCCCUGCUUGUCUUCUUGUGUAGAUUGGUCUUGUUAUGUGAACACUAAAAUUAUUUAAGCUUCUCACAGCUCGAAAUCAAUAGAUUCUUGGGUGGAAUUGAGAUAUCUCAACCUACCUGGAGGUGCAUCUAUGGAUCCCCCAUUAAUAUUCAA